UAGGUUUUUCAGUCAGUUUUAAAGCGCGGCCUGAGCGUGUUGUGCGAAGCGGCAACAGAAAUAUUAUAUGAACGAGCGAAAAUCGGUGGCGAUCAGUGCAAAACGGUGCCAAAUUAACAGGUUCUUUGGGCAGUUGUUAGGCGACAACAGUUGAAUGCGGCCGCUGUUGAGUGUUUGUGGCGCUGAAGGAGAAGAAAUUUUCUGCGGACUUAAAAAAAAAAUAAAUAAAAAAACAUAAAAUAAAGAAAUAUAAACGAAAAUUUUCAAAAAAAAAAUAGAAUUAAAAUAACGAUGCAAGUAUUGAGCUACACAUGUGACCUAAAAUUGAAAAGUUUAAUUAAUUAAUCUGCGAUUUUUGUUUGUUUUUAAACAAUUACAUUCAGCGAGUUAAUGAGAAAGACCUGUUGGCAAUUGCAACAAACACACAGUAGAAAAUUGAAUUUCAAGUAACUCGAAGCUUUGACGACAGUAAUAAAAAAUAAUAGAAAAAAAAACUGCUGUAAGGGUGUCAGGUGCGAGGUUCUCGGUAAUUUAAACAUAAAACGGAAAUAAAUAUUUGAAAGUCGUUAUUAUACCGCAAAUGUAAAAUAUAUACACCAAAAGUAACGAUUGAGGUGGAAAUUGCUUGAAAUAAAGUCUAAUAACUAAAAGUUGAAAAGUCUACAAACUCUCCAAAGUUAGUUAAAACUGAAAAGCAGUUUGAAAUUAACGAAUAUUUAUUUCCUUGUUGCGAAAAGUGAAAAAUUCAUUAAAAGGAAAACUCUCCAAAAAAGUCUACAAAGUCCAUGUUUUCCAAAGUGUUAAAAAUAAUUUAAAAAAAAAACCAACUCCAUUGGCAAACUGCAAGAAAAAUAAGUAAAUAAAAUAAAAUAAGCAAUAAACAUAUUGUACUGAAAAACCGGAGAAAAAUCCACGAAAAGCCUAAACUUUCUGAAAUUUAGAGCAGUCUACUACUGAGCCUAGUCUCCAUUGAUUUGACUACCCAUAAAAUGUCAGCCAUGGUCGCAUUACGUCGUUUCAUAGACUUACUCCUGUUCGUCAUACUCAUAGGUGUUGAGCUCGCGCUCCGACAAUGGAUGCCGCCACAAAAGCGCGGUUUCUUCUGCGGUGACGAGUCGCUGGAGUAUCCCUACGUCGCCUCGCAAACAGUGGGCGUGGUAUCGCUUUGCAUCAUCAUUUUUGGCAUACCGUUUUUUGUGAUCUUCAUAGUUGAGCUCUUUCGUCAACUCUCGCAGAGUCGCAGCAACAAACAACAUGCCUCACACGACGGUGCCGACGAGUCCUGUCACUGCGGACGACGCUGGAAACACAUUUACGCACAAAUUGGCUAUUAUCUACUCGGCUUUCUGAUGACACUCAUCGCCACGGAGAUUGCAAAGCGUUGCAUCGGACGUCUGCGCCCAUACUUCUUUACCAUUUGUAAGCCCCGCUUGAGUGAUGGCUCAAACUGUGAGUUCGAACACAAUCAAGGCCACUACUUCAACGACUACAGAUGCGACGCCGAUGUGAGUCAACGUAUGAUGGCCGAAAUGGCAAUGUCCUUCCCAAGUGGACACUCCUCAACCGUCUUCUAUGCAAUGGUCUACAUCGCUUUCUACCUGCAAGUUGCGCUCAGCACACGCGGCUCCAAGUUGCUUAAGCACUUACUACAAUUCGCUUUUGUCAUGCUGGCUUGGUAUGUUGCGUUGACACGCAUCAACGAUCACUGGCAUCAUUGGUCCGACGUCUUGGUCGGUAUGCUCUUGGGCACGCUCUUCGCCUGGCUGGUGGCACGUUAUGUAGCCAAGUUUUUCGAGGGCCGUUGCACAUCGUCUUCGGCGCCGGCGAAAAUCUUGGUGCACUCCAGCGUAGCGUCUGCGCAGUCGGCGACGCCAGUGCUGCCCGCGUACACUUUUGGCAGUGUGCCGUAUUUGCAACAUCACGGACCGAAUCAUGCCGCCUACGGUCAGACAUACCAUAACUACGGUUACGUGCCGUAAAGUGGGCAAUGGCGGAGGAGGAAAGGAAGAUUUAUUGUAAAUUGCACGUUUGGCAGCAAACUAUGUGGUAUUGUUGUUGGAAAUUUACGCAAAAAAAAAAA